CUAAAUUAUUCUAUAAAUUCUGCUAUCUUGUAAAAAUCUCCACCAAAUGUGCAUUAGCCAUGGCACUUGAGCUAGUCCUACUCAUGAUCCUCUUUCUUCUCUUAGCUAUCCCUCUUCUUCUCUUCCCAACCCUAACCUCCAAAAUAUUCCAAACCCACCUUCACCUCCCUCCAAGCCCCUUAGCUCUACCCAUCAUAGGGCACUACCACCUCCUCGGCCCUCUCAUGCACCGCACCCUCCACAACCUCUCUAUGCGCUUCGGCCCCUUAUUCUCCCUCCGCCUCUUCUCGCUCCAGUGCGUCGUCGUUUCCUCAGCGGACCUAGUGAAAGAGUUCCUCAGCACCCAUGAGCUCUCCUUCAUAUCCCAUGCUCAGUCCCUCGCCGUUGAAAGCAUAACCUACAAUGCUUCCCUUGCAUUUGCACCCUAUGGACCUUACUGGAAGUUCAUCAAGAAACUGACAAUGAACGAGCUUCUAGGAAACCGUAGCAUCAACAACUUAGUUUCCAUUCGAACUCGAGAGUAUCUUAGGCUUCUGAGGUUCUUGGCCAAGAAAGCUGAGAGUGGUGAAGCUGUGAAUCUCACUGACGAGUUUCCGAAGCUUUGGAACAAUGUGAUCUUGCAGAUGAUUGUUGGGAAUCGGGGUUUGAGCGCCGAAUGUAGGGCGGUGCUGGCGGAGGAGGUGGUGGUGGUGGUGCGGCAGGCCACGAGGCUUUUGGGAGAGGUGAGUUUGUGUGAUUUUUUUUGGGUUUGUAAGAAGUUAGAUUUGGGAGGGUUUGUGAAGAGAAUUGAGGAGACGCACAGGAGGUUUGAUGUGUUGGUGGAGAAGGUAAUUAGAGAACGAGAAGAGCUGAGAAAGAAGGAACGGAUGGAAGAGGAGGAGGAAGUCAAGGAUUUUCUUGAUACAUUGCUUGAUGUGUUGGAGGAAGGGACUGUUGAGGUUGAAUUUACAAGACUUCACAUUAAGGCUCUAAUUACGGAUUUAUUCACGGCUGGAACUGACACAAAUGCAAUUUCACUAGAGUGGGCAUUGGCAGAGCUCAUCAACCACCCAAGAGUGCUCAAGAAAGCAAGGGAAGAGAUCGAUCGAGCUGUCGGAAAUCAACGAGUAGCCGGAGAAUUGGAUGUUCCAAAUCUUCCAUGGCCGAAGGAUUUAUUCACGGCUGGAACUGACACAAAUGCAAUUUCACUAGAGUGGGCAUUGGCAGAGCUCAUCAACCACCCAAGAGAUUUAUUCACGGCUGGAACUGACACAAAUGCAAUUUCACUAGAGUGGGCAUUGGCAGAGUUCAUCAACCACCCAAGAGUGCUCAAGAAAGCAAGGGAGGAGAUCGAGCCGUCGGAAAUCGAUGAGUAG